UUCAAACGGCGGGAAACCGGUCGGAGAUUUUAGCCGCGAGCACCAGUGGCCGGAACUUUGUGCUGCCGUUCUUGUGUUCCGGGGACCCCUGUCGCUGUGACCCCGGGAAGAUGGCGGCGUUGGGAGGCUGCGUGCAGCGGCUGGUGAGCGCGGUGGAGCGGCCUGAACUGUUGCUGAGUGUACAGGACAGGUUGGCGUCAGAGUUCACUGCUCUCACUAAGGAGCUGUAUGACUUCCAGAAGACACAGGAGGCAGAUGGGGCUGCUGGAAGCCCAUUAAAAGAGUUGGUUGUGGAACAUUUUGAUGAAGAACAGAUCUGGCAGGAGAUUGAAUUGCAGAACCGUUCGGUCCUAAACUAUUUCAAAGGGGCAGUGGCUUUCCUACGUCAUGACAGUCUCAGCAGACUGAAUAGUACGGAAGAGGCAGAGAUUGAUUCUCCUGCAGAAGAGUUUGAAAUGGAAGAUGAUUAUGAACCAGAGGAGAGCAGUGAUGAGGAGAAAGAGUUAAAAAAGCAGAAAGUCAGUGGAAAAAAAGAUCAUUCUGAAAAGCUUAGUGAUGAGGACUCUGACAUCAACUUCAACAUUGAUGAGCUGGUGAAAAGGACUAAGUUGCAGAAGAAAAGCCCCAAACUCCCAAGCUCUGAGCUGGAUGAUAAGUUUUUCAAACUUUCAGAAAUGGAAGCUUUUUUAGAGAAAGCGGAAAAAGAAGAAGCAAAUUUGGAGAAUUAUGAUGAUGAAAUCAAUUAUUUUGAAGAUAUACCCUCUGAGGAUGAAGAAAUUAUGAAAACAAAGAUUAAGAAAAAGACUAAGAGUUCCAGGAACCUACAGUACAAAGACUACUUUGACCCAAUUGAGUCAAGUGAAGAACCUGCAAUAGAAGAUGGCAAAGCAGCAAAAUGGAAACUAAAGCUGAAAGAAUUUGGGGACGACCAGAAUCUGGAUGAAGACCGGAAGGAGAUGAGGAGUGGCAGAGUGGCCAAGGGGGCUUAUAAGAAAGUUAGCUUUGAUCUAUCCGAUGACAAUGAGGAAGCUGACCUGGCCAGUGUGAUAGAAGAGAAGAAUCUGGAAGAGGAAAAAUCAAACUUUGAAAAACGCCAAGAAAAGUUGAGAGCACAGAUCCAGCAGCUAGAGAAAUCUGCCCUGGAGCAGAAACCAUGGCAACUCCUGGGAGAAGUCACAGCUCAGAAAAGGCCUGAGAACAGCUUGCUGGAAGAGGACCUUCUGUUUGAUCAUACAGUUAGGAAGGCACCUGUCAUUACUGAGGAAACAACACUUCAACUGGAGGAUGUCAUUAUCCAGAGGAUUAAGGACCAGGCCUGGGAUGAUGUCUUACGCAAGGAGAAACCAAAAGAAGAGACUUUUGAGUACAAAAAAAGACUCACCUUGGACCAUGAGAAAAGUAAACUGAGUCUGGCUGAGGUCUAUGAGCAGGAAUAUCAAAAGCAAACUGAGCAAAAAUCUGAAGUGGAGGAAAACCAGCAGUACACAGAGAUCCAGAAAAUGAUGGAUUCUCUUUUCCUCAAAUUGGAUGCUCUCUCCAACUUCCACUUCACCCCCAAACCGCCUGUGCCUGAGCUGAAGGUAGUCUCCAACUUGCCAUCCAUCAACAUGGAGGAGGUAGCACCAGUGAAUGUCAGUGAUGCCACUUUGUUGGCACCGGAAGAAAUCAAGGAGAAGGGCCGAGCUGGAGUUCUGCAGGGAGAAAAUGAAAAGACGCCAACAGACAAAAAGCGGGAAAGGAGGAGGAAGAAGAAGCUGAAACGUCUGCGAAUACGGGCAAAAGAAGUGCGUCAGAAAGGCCUGGAAAAGCAGAAUGUGAAGUUGAGCAAUAAACAAGAGAAGGAAAUGAAUUCUCAGAAAGCAAAGAAACUAGCUCAGCAGGGAAAGGUGAUGCUGCUGAAGGAUGAAGGUAAAGACAAAAAUCUGCAUUCAUCAAAGGCCUUCUUCUCCCAUCUACAAGAUCAAGUGAAAGUUGAACUCAGUGGAGUCAAAAUUGGAGCCAAGAAGAAGAAGGAGAAGCACGGGAAACUUUCAGCAAACAAGUUGAAACUUUAAUACAGACUCCUUCAUAUGAUCUACAUGGUGACAAUCCCACUUCUGUACUCACUGUUAUGGAACAUUGUAUUCCAAAACCUAUUCUUAUUCAAAACUGGCUGCUUCCUAAAAAAGUACUAUUUUCUGUUUAUCGUGGAGAGCUACUUGUUGGCCCCCUGGGUCCGUGAAAGAUGUUUACCAGGCAUAGACACAAUGGAAAAUCUGAACUAAAAAAACAAAUACUGAGCAUGUUGGACAGCUUCUGUGCAGUGAAUCAGAGGUAUUUCAAGUUGUUGACCUUUCAGCAGAACUAAAAGAUGUUGGAGAUGCAAUGAAAUGGGGAGGAAAGAACAAAAACAUGGUCUAGGAUGAGGUGGAAAGCAAAUAGAAAUGGAACAUCUACUAAACUUGGCGGUACACACCAAUGUGACACAAAGAAGUUUUGUUUUCUGUAUUGGAUUGUAGCUUCCUGGUUACCACACAAAUGUGGUAGCAAUUUCUGCAGAGUGUGCACAUCUUGGACUGAUUGUGUAAAUUGAUGAAUGGAAACCUGUCCAACAGAUCAUGUGUUUGGAACUGUUUGCUUGGCUAACUGCAUUUAAAUACACAUUCAUUUUGUCCAGCCACA